ACCAAAUUAGUAAAUAUACUGUCUAAUACCCUCGGAGGUAUAUCAAAAUUCAGAAUUGAGCAUAUUAGCACUUUUCCACUUCGAGGGUAUCAUACAGAAAAGAAACCAUAUAUUCCUUCAGAUGAUCUAAAUUGCCAGUAUUAUUACCGCAAAGUAGCCUGUGAAAAAAGAUUACCACUUUUAAAUUGGGCAACGUUAAGUAAUUAUUUCCACGAAUAUAUUCAAGGGGGUACUUAUCUCUUCCAAAUUUCUGUGGAUAAUUACAAUCCAACAAGUGAGAAUGAUUAUAAUAAUCCAUUUUUAUCCUCAGCACUUUCACGAGAUUCAACUCUCAUUCUCACAUGGGAUAUCAAAACAUAUAGCUCACGAAAAACAGGUGAUGUACCUAAUGCAAAAUAUGAAGAAGACGUUGUAUUCAUGAUUUGUAUGACUGUUCAUUGGAAAGAUGAUCCUGAACUGUUAAAGCAAAUCUGUCUUGUUGAUGUUAAAAUUGCACUGGACUCACAGUUUAUUACGAUUAUAUGCGGGUCUCAA